AGUGGCAGCAGGGGAAAUCAGGGAAAUCUGGGAUAUCUGGGAAAGGGGAGUCGGUGAAAACCGGGACUAAACCGGGCCAAAUCCCGCCGAAGCCUCGGCCGUGUCUCCGCGGGUCUCUGACCGGACUCUUCUCCUCUGUGUCCCCGGAGCUGCUGCGGCUUUUCUCCCAGGAUUCACCCCGGAUCCGCACAGCUGAUUGAAUCCCUCCUCUGCGUCGUGUGUGUGUGAGCUGGACUGAGCGCUGUGAGCAGACCAAAGAUGGACCAGGUGUCAGACGAGGAGGUGGAGGUCAGGGAGGAAGAGGAGGAGGAAGAGGAGGACAGUGAUAAGGAGGACCAGGACCUGGAUAAGAUGUUUGGAGCGUGGCUGGGAGAGCUGGACAAACUCACACAGGUACACAAAAGUCUGGAUGACGGUCGCCCCGAGCAACCCCCCCAACAGAAAGCUCCCCUCAGACAAGAGACCAACAUAGCCAACUUCUCCUACAGAUUCUCCAUCUACAACAUCAACGAGGCGCUGAAUCAGGGGGAGAACGUGGACCUGGACGCUCUCAUGGCAGAUCUCUGCUCCAUCGAACAGGAACUCAGCACCAUCAACACCAAACCAAACAGUAUGGGUGGCAUGGCUCGCCUGGGCCUGACUGACACCAAGGUCCGUCAGAAGCCUCCAGCAGGGCGCAGCAGCAGGCAGCAGCCAGCAGGAAGCAGCAGUGGUGGCGGUGGCGGUAGCAGCAGUAACAGUGUUAGCGGGGGAGGAGGCAGCAGCGGGGCGAGCAGCAGCAGCAGCAGCACCAGAGCGUCACCUGCUGGCACUAUCAGAGCUCCUACCGGGCAUCAUGGGAGACCGGCGUUGGCUUCUAACUUCAGUCUUGAUGACAUCACUGCCCAGCUGGAGAAGGCGUCUCUCAGUAUGGAUGAAGCUGCUCGUCAGACCUCCUCCCACUCCCUCAGCUCCGCCACCUCCUACACGUCAGCCACAAUGCGACGGCCCGGAUCAUCUCAGCGCCAACACCGACGCACAGGAUCAGUCGGCACGGUCAGCGAACAUGAGGCUCGUUCGAUCGUUCACUCCUCACGCUCCUCCAUCACCUCAGCAUCUGAGGUUUCUGUUAACUCCGCCUCCUCCAUGGACUCGUUGGACAGCGUUCUUCGCUCCAAUGAAUCAGACGGACAGCUGCCUUCAGUCAUGCCGUCAGCUGAAGGAGCCAGUCAAGGUCAUCACAACACAGAGCACUCCUAUCUGGACAGGGAAACCUCUCUGAUUCUGAGAAACAUAGCAGGGAAACCUUCCCACCUGCUGACCAAGGAGGAGCAGGCCGCCAAGAUGAAGGCGGAGAACAUCCGAGUGGCCCUGGAGAAGAUCAAGGAGGCCCAGGUUAAAAAGUUGGUGAUUCGAGUUCAUUUGUCAGACGAGAGUUCAAAGACGAUGAUGGUGGACGAGAGACAGACAGUCAGACAGGUUUUGGACAGUUUACUGGAGAAGUCUCACUGUGGCUACAGUCCAGACUGGUCACUGGUGGAAACCAUCAGCGAGCUGCAAAUGGAGCGGAUCUUCGAGGAUCAUGAGAACCUGGUGGAGAACCUGCUGAACUGGACCAGAGACAGCCAGAACCGCCUGAUGUUUACCGAACGCAUCGAGAAGUAUGCUGUGUUCAAAAACCCCCAGAACUAUUUGUUGGGGCGGAAGGAGACAUGUGAGAUGGCUGAAAGAAACAAAGAGGCUCUGUUAGAGGAGUGUUUCGGUGGCAGCUCAGUGUCCGUCCCAGAGAUGGAGGGAGUGCUGUGGCUGAAAGAGGACGGGAAGAAGUCGUGGAAGAAACGCUACUUCCUGCUGAGGGCUUCUGGCAUCUACUAUGUUCCCAAGGGCAAGGCCAAGGCAUCCAGAGACCUGGUGUGUUUCCUUCAGUUGGAUCACGUCAACGUCUACCACGGCCAGGACUACAAGAGCAAGUACAAGGCUCCUACUGACUACUGCAUGGUGCUGAAGCACCCUCAGAUCCAGAAGAAGUCUCAGUACAUCAAGUACCUCUGCUGUGAUGAUGUCAGAACCCUCCAACAAUGGAUCAACAGUAUUCGAAUCGCCAAGUACGGGAAGCAGCUGUACAUCAACUUCCAGGAGGCGAUGAGGAGGACGGAGGCGGCCUACGAUUGGUCCUCCCUCUCUUCUUCCUCCAUCAAGUCAGGAUCCAGCUCCUCCAGCCUUCCAGAGUCCCAGUCCAACCACUCAAGCCAGUCGGACAGUGGUGUGUCAGAGAUGACAUCAUCAGGCCACACCCGCUCCCAGAGUGUGGUCAGCUCCAUCUUCUCUGACGCCUGGAGGAGAGGAACACAAGGAGAGAUGAUGAGGAUCGACCCUAUCAGUAGGCCCAUGCCGGUCCAGAUUCUCUCCCCCCAACCCCCGACCCGGACCAGCUACACCGACGGCCUCGUCCAAUCUGAAGACUCCUCCCCGUCACCGCCCUCGCCUCCUCCACCUCCGCCUCCUCCCGCCAUCCAAAGUGUGGCCCAUCAGCAAGCGCCAACCCCUUCCUACGUGAAGUACAGCACGCUGGCUCGCCUGCAGGGUCAGAACCAGUCCUGGGCCCAGCAGGCAGGAGGCGGACCACCUGCCCCUCCAGUCCAGUCUGCAAAAUCCAACUACAACACCCUCCCAGCUACCUACAGCACCUCCUCUCAGCUACCACCAUCUCCUCCCCCUCCUCCUCCACCCACGGUGCCAGCUCCUGGCUCAGCCAUGGCUGCACUGAAAUAUGCUCCAUCAAGCCCCUCUGCUCUCCCACCACCACCCCCACCUGAGGAGGACAUGCAGGAGCCAUCUUACCUCCCGCCUCCUCCACCAGAGAGCCUGGAGGCCAAUGGGUUACCUCCACCUCCCCCUCCGGAGCCCAUCCCCAACGCCAGCAAUCACUUAUCCAACACCGGCCUCCAGCAGUUCCUGGCACAGAAGUUUCCCAACAUGGUGUACGACUUCACGCCAGAGAUGAGUGAGGAUACUUCUCCUCCUCCUCCACCUCCGGCUGAGCUCUCACCUCCAACCUCCCUGCAAGUUCUCCGGCCUGUGUCCCCUAAUGCGCCCCCUCCUGCACCUCCCAAAACCUUCACUGGUGGUUUUCCCCCUCAAACUGCUCCCAAACCCUCGGGUCCUUCUUCCCUUCCCAUCGCCCUCUCACCUGUGUCGCCAUCGCAGCCCUUCAGCGGCCACGGCCCGGUGAAAAAGCAACAAAGCUUCUCCACAGGACACUCUCCAAAUCAGCCUCCUCCCACUCUGCCAAAGCAGCACAGCCUCUCCUCCAAAAACCUCGCCAUCUCUCCCUCCUCCUCUUCCUCAGUCUCCAUCGCGGCCGCUACCUCCUCGUUGGUCAAACAGAUUGUCAAUCAGUUCCCAGGAAAUGCUGCCCCCGCCUCUCUGCCCGCCUCUAACUCCAUGGAAGGAUCGAAGUUCAGUGCUCCUCAGUCUCCUCCGGCGGUCAAGGCCAAACCAAAAUGGCAGCCAGGAGGCGUUGUGGCUGCGCAGUCCCCAGAGUUCCCUCCACCUCCUCCUGACAGUUCCGUGGGAGAUUUCCCUCCUCCACCCUCCUCCAAGACGGGCUCCCCCAUAAAGAAGUCGCCUUCCGCCUCAUCCACAGGAUCCAUGAAGCGUGGGCCUCCACCGGCCCCACAGAGAGCCUCCUCCAUCCGGUCCAGCUCAGGCGAGACCCAGGACGAGAGGCCGAAGAAGGUGGAGAGCCUGGUCAGCAAAUUUGGCCAAGCUCCUCAGACGGGUACCUCAUCCAGCUCCUCGUCAGCGACUGGGUCUCCUUCGAAAGAUUCCUCCACGCUUCCUGCUCCACUUCCGAAGCCGGGGAAGCUGAACUUGGCGAACCUGCCGUUGGCUCUCCAGGGGCUGCAGACGGGCCAGCACCAUCAGCCCGUUGAGUUCCCGUCCCCUCCUCCCCCACCUCCCCCCUCCCAGCCGACUCACCUUGACUCGCCUGACUACUUCCCACCUCCCCCCAGUGACUUUGAGCUUUUCCCUCCUCCUCCCCACCCAUCAGAGUUCCAUCACCCUCCAAAGGUUGCCGUGGUGAACCCCCAGCCUCAGAUGCAGCCGCCUCAACAGUCGGCAACACCCUCCUUGUCGUCCUCGUCAUGGAAACAAGGUUCACUGAAAAAGGGGGCGGUCCUUCCUCCGACACUGAACCGGCGGACCAGCAACACCACCCCAUAUGACAACACAACUUCAAUGCCCCUGUCGCCACCUCCUCUGUCUCAGACCCCACCUCCCUCCCUGGUCUCUUACUCCUCCUCCUCUCCUGUCCCCCCCACCUCUCCGAAAUCACCGGGGCCGAGCUCCCUGGCGCUAAAGCCCCACUUUCUGGAAGACCUCAACCGCACCCUUAAGAGGAAGUCGGUGUCUCGCCACGGCUCCCUCACCUCCUCCCACCUCAUCUCCUCCUCUAAGAUGGAGCCUGUGGGCACCAUGGACGACAUGGCGCUCCUCCCGCCCCCGCCCCCUGAGCUCCUGCAGCAGCAGCAGCAGGGUGUCCGCGGACACUCCCACACUUUGUCCCGCCACCACACGCACUCCCACUCCACCAAACAUGCCAACAUCUCAGGCUAUGCAACGCUGCGGCGAGGCCCACCUCCCGCUCCGCCGAAACGGGACCAAAGCACCAAACUAUCCAGUGACUGGUAGGAGCGAGGACGCCGGCUGGAGCCUAAAGAACUGAACUGACUGUUUAGGUCUCACGCAGAGAAGAAAUAAUCAGUGUCUGUCUUGACUUGUCCGUCUCUCCUCAUCCGAAACCAUCCACCCUUGGAUUCCGAGCAAGUAGCAAGUCGUCUUUCCUACUCUUAAUCUCAGAUUAUGAUUGUUCCUAUUAUCCUCAUUAUUACUAUCAUUACCAAUACAUGUUUAACCCAAUGACAUGAGUAAAAAUAUAUAUAUGUAUAUAUAUAUCUGUAUACAAGCAAGCCAGAAAAUCACCUAUCAAGCUUUUUUCACAAUGUCUGUGCAGCUUUGCAUUGAAAUAUACAAAAGACAAGACUUGAACGACAACAGCAACAGAGACGGUUUGCUGCACAAUAACUGGUACUGCAUGGAGCUGCGGCAACGGAAGGAACGUUACUGAUGAAGGGAACGAUAAUGGAAGGAAUGAGAGGAGCGAAAGUGGGAUGAUGUGUAUAGAAGUGUAUGUUGUGAACUGGGGGAGGGGGGUGGGGGGUUGCAUUGCCAUUUAAUUCAAACUUUUUGUGUGUGUUUUUAUAUAAGAUUAUUUAAUACUGGAAAGAUAUUAUUAUAAUUAUUUUAAGUUUUGAACAAGUGUCUGAAGAGUUUGACUGAACGUGGGUGUGAACUCUCAGAGUAUGUCAGAAGUGUUGAUCUGAAACUAGCGCACAGCUGGUUCCACUGAGUCGGAUCAUGUCAUCCAAUCAUAGUUCGAUAAAUUAAGAGCGCCAUGGCUGAUUGGUUUACGACUCCCACAGGAUAAUACUUCAGAACCAGUAAGGCUGGGCUCAGAUUACAGGGGUUUGAAAAUUAGGGAUGAGCAAGAGCACCAUUAUCUCUAUCUGUAUCUGUGUCUGUUCAACCAACUCAUGAUCGGUGUCUGUAUUUGUACUCAGAAUGGGCGCCGUUUAUACCAAAAGUGGGUGUGGCUCCAAUGAAAAGUGGGUGGGGCCUAAGAUGAAGUUGUUAUUGUACACAGCAACUUUUAUAUAUUUGUUACAGCUACCGAAAUUAGGAUUUUCCCUUGUCAUCAGUAUGAAUACUGACACUUUUACUUGUGUAAUACUUGUAUCAUCAUCUGCCACCACGUUUAGAUUUUGUUUUUAGAGCCACUGGGAGUAACCUGGGGUUCAGUAUCUUGCCCAAGGAUAAUUUGACACACAGGGGAUCGUUAAACGUUUUCCCACACUCACAAACAGCUGCUCGUCUCAUCCAUCACUCUGAUCAGCCAUGACUGGAUGGACUCCACAAACUGCUGCUGAAGGAAAAUGUUAUAUCACUUUACUCACGUCUUCCCUUCCUUCUGCAAAGUUAGAUGUCAUGGAGGCCACCGGGAUAAAACCUGUAGGGGUGCGAUUCACUAGAGGCCCCCCAGUAUCAUAUUAUCAUAACACACAAAUUAAAGAAAAAACUGUGUCAGUGUCUGUUAUAUUUAAGGAGAUAAAGUUUUCAGUCUGGUCAUCUCGCUUUAAUCAUUUUUAUUGCAACAAAUUUUAUUAUUGUAGUGAGCUACCAAAAGUCUAAUCUGUAUUUUCAAUAUUAAUAACUAAUAAUGAAUCUUUACAUCUGUGUUUUGAUACAGUGUUGACACGCAAAAUAUUGCAAUACUAUGCUGUAUCAAUUUUUUUCUCCAGCGCCUGAUAAUUUGCCCACGUUCACCGCCUUUCUCUGGUCUCAGUCGACCAAAUCAUCCAUCCACAUUAACACGACCAGAACAAGCAGAACCUCCUUUAAUCUGAGCUCAGCCUGAACCAGUCGGUCAGUCAGCGACACCAAACCAAACUCACUCUGGUGACAGAUCCUGUUCUACAAACUCAUCAGUCUGUGAGUGUGAUAGAUAUGAAAUCAUGCAGCUAAUCUGUCUGACAGAAGGUGAUCAUCAGUUUACGAGUUAAUAAAGUCAGUCAUUCAUCUGAGCGGCUGCUCGUCACUCUGCUGGUUGGUUAUUAAAGGUGUGUGUGUCCACUUUAAGCGUCAGAGAUGCCCUGGGAACAAGUGCCUGAAAAACAAAAUGCUUAAACUGCUCACAGGUGUGUGGUGACAUCAUACCGCGCAGACAGACACCCUCGACUUCUGUGAUGUCAUCAGCUUCCUGACAUUAUGAAGCCUGGAGUUUACCGUUCACACACUGCCAUCUAUGGAGACAGAGAGUCUGAGGAAGCUCUGAGGAGCUGGUGUUGGACAACAAGCAGACACCAACAUGGUGCUACUACAGCACCACCCAGUGGUGGUUUGACAGAACUACUGUGACAGACAGCAGUGCCUGGUGCCCAGAGGACUGAGGGAGUCACAUGUCAAGCUCUCAUGAUCUCCCAUAUCCAGCUGUAAUUCUUUGUUUCUUACUCGGGGUAGUUUCUGUGUGUUGCCUCUGUUUCUGCUCCUGUAAACAAGCACUUUGUUUGUUGCUGUAAUUUCAAACUCCGCACUCCGCUACUGUGAUCAGUGUUUCAAUGAAUGAGUGACAAAUACAAA